GGGACUUAGGCAGCGGGACAAUGCUGGUGUUUGUGCAGCGGCCCCUGAGUGGCGGCUGGCUUUCUCACAUCGCUCUCGCUUGACUAGCAGAGCUGCCAACAUUACUGAGGUGAGAGAAAGGAGAACGGCUUCAUCCUGGGAGAGGGAUGCACUGAGGGAGGCAGGGCGAGGGACGCUGAAUGUGAUCUGAGAAGUCGGCCACAGCGAGCGUCACAUAAAGGAGGACAGCUGGGAGGAGGAGGCACCUGGACCCGGUGCGCUGAAGGAACGAGAGGAGGAGGAGAGGAGCAGAGGAGCCCAGAAACAACCAAGAUGGGGGACAAGAGAGUCAGCCUCCCUGCUAAGCUGAUUAACGGGGGCGUGGCAGGCCUGGUCGGCGUGACAUGUGUGUUUCCUAUCGACCUGGCAAAGACCCGCCUCCAGAACCAGCAGGGCGUCCAGGUCUACAAAGGAAUGUUCGACUGUCUGGCAAAGACGAUACGCUCAGAGGGCUAUUUUGGAUGCUACAGAGGUGCCGCGGUUAACCUCACGCUGGUCACACCAGAAAAAGCAAUCAAACUGGCAGCCAACGAUGUCUUCAGACAAAAGCUUUCAAAGGACGGGCAUCUGCCGCUGUGGGGGGAAGUGCUGGCGGGGUGCGGGGCAGGGACCUGUCAGGUGGUGGUCACCACGCCCAUGGAGAUGCUCAAAAUCCAGCUGCAAGACGCAGGACGGCUUGCUGCACAGCGGCCCAUGGCUGCUCCCUCUCCGCUCGCGCCUCCUGGUCCUGCUCCAUCGUUAGUGGCCUCCGCGUCGCAGGCCCGGCCGGCUCGCCCUCAGCGGCCCUCUGCUACCGGCAUCACCGUGGAGCUGCUGAAGACCCGCGGCUUGGCCGGCCUCUACAGGGGGGCCGGAGCCACCUUGAUGAGGGACGUCCCCUUCUCCAUGAUCUACUUCCCUCUGUUUGCCAACCUCAACGCUCUGGGCCGCCAGAGAGCCGAGGGCCACGCCGAUGUGCGGGCGCCGUUCUGGCAGUCCUUCGUGGCCGGCUGCUCCGCCGGCUCCGUGGCCGCUGUGGCCGUUACGCCGCUGGACGUGAUAAAGACUCGUCUGCAGACCCUGCAAAAAGGUGAAGGGGAGGACACCUACCGGGGAAUUGUCGACUGCACACGACGCAUCAUGAGUCGGGAAGGACCGUCAGCAUUCCUGAAGGGCGCAGCGUGCCGAGCUCUGGUCAUCGCUCCUCUCUUCGGCAUCGCGCAGGGCGUCUACUUCCUGGGGGUAGGCGAGGCGCUCCUGGGCCUCCUGGGAUAAACGGCAGCAGUCCAGCUGUUUCCACCAGCAGCAGAGAGCAGAGGAAGCAGCACAGCCACGCUCUGCCGCCCCAAAGCAGCAGCAGAAAUAACCGAGAUGCCACAGCAAAGUGGGCCGGCGGGCUCACGCUAAUAAUUGUUCUCUAGGGUUUGACAAGCGGCCAAAUCGAGAUCCUGUGUAGGUCUGUGUAACUAAUCUGAGAGUCCUGGUUAGCGCAGGGUGCCGUUUCCCUCCAGCUGAGAUUAUUCUGGCUGUGAUUAAAGAACUGACCAAUAUUUUUACAGCAUAAUCUGAAAUGCCACACAGGGUGACCUUUUACUUCCGGCUGUGCGUCAUCUUGUGGAAGCUAAUUUAAUUUAAUUGAUCAUCUAAACCGACCCGGUGCAUGCACAGAGGUUCUGUUUGGCGUGACUCCGGCCCGUCUGCGCGUUCUGUCCAACGCCUGGUUUAAAACUGGAGCUCUGCGUUUAAAACUGGAGCUCUGCGUCUAUCUGGCCGCUCGGUUAGGCGUUCCUCCCACUCCAUCCUGUAGGGCGCAGUUGUAAUCUGGGAUUCUCCUGCUGGCCUGGGAGGCGCUCCCUGCCAAUCUCUCUAAGGUCAUUUGUUAAUCUGAUGGUAAUACUUUAAUCCCUGUGAUAGCGUACAAUUCAGUUUACAACACAACUCGCUUCCUGUUAAAAGGCCACAGGUUAGACAAGACAACACGUCGCCUUCCAGGCUCCGCCGCUUGGAAUUUAAAUAAGGACAAGAAUAGCUGAGAUAAUUAUCCCUCCUUAUUUAUGGUCUUAAGUAUGUUGCUGUAAAUCACGUGCGCACAAUAUCCAAGGACGACGCAAUCAAAGCCUUAUAAAUACCGUUUGCUUCAAACUCUACGUCUUGAAACAGAAUAAAGGAAAAUUCUGAUUUUCUCUAUAAAGUGGGGUUCUGUUCAGAGGUUAUAUUUUACCGGUAGUAAAAAACUCUCUAUGAACCGGAUCAGCUUUCCAGCUAAAAACUA